AUGUAUCCUUUUGAAAGACUCAUGGGUGAUUCAAAGAGAUCAGUGAAAAAUAAGGCUAAAGUUAAGGGUUCAAUAUGUGCAUAUUAUUUGCAUCAGGAAUCAUCACAGUUUUGCUCUCAUUAUUUCAAUCAUAUGAUGUUAAUUCCAAGAAUCAUAAGGAAUAAAGUUAAUUUUAUAGAAAGAAGUACAUUCACCUUAUCAGUCUUUGGUCUUCCUGGUCGGAGUUCUGGAAAGACGAAUGUGCACUGGCUGAUCGAAAAAGAAUUGCAAUCUGCUCAUGUUCAUAUAUUGAUUAAUUGUGUUGAAGUUAAACCAUACAUUGAGUCAUUUAAUAAUUACUAA